CGCCCCUGGCUUCCAUUUCUGAACUGAAGCAACGCCGCCGCUCUCGCGUAGAGUCCUCGCCUUUUUUACACACUCAUUUAAGUAAAUAAACCACCAGUUAUCUAUCGUAAAUUAGCACCGCCGCGAACCGGUAGUGAGAGAAACUGAGGUUAAUGUCCAUCGUGGUAGGUUGUUUGAGUAGUGGCUGGAACUGUAGCUAGCAUUUUAUUCACCAUUUUAACUUUUCUUAGCGGCGUUUUUCCGCCGUUUUUUUUUCGUUCCGCCGCCCCGCUCACUCGGCUCCCUUGUGCGUGAGUAGGGGCCUGUACGUCGGCUCGGCCACGAGGCGCGUCGGUACAGUUGGAACAGGACGAUGGCGGAGUUCGGCAAUGGACUGACGGAGGAAUCUCUACUAGAUUCAGAUCCCGGACAUCCCGAUUUGGAAGACCCGGGUGUCGGUGACGAAGAACCGGGAUUAGAAGACGGAGAGGCCGCAAUCGAGGACCCGGAGCUGGAGGCAAUCAAAGCUCGAGUUAGAGAGAUGGAGGAAGAGGCGGAGAAACUAAAGGAGCUCCAGAACGAGGUGGAGAAACAGAUGAAUCUCAGCCCCCCACCAGUCGGUCCCGUCAUCAUGUCCAUCGAGGAAAAGAUGGAAGCAGAUGGCAGAUCUAUUUAUGUUGGAAACGUGGACUAUGGUGCCACGGCAGAAGAGCUUGAAGCACACUUUCAUGGCUGUGGUUCAGUAAACAGAGUCACCAUCCUAUGUGACAAAUACACAGGGCAUCCCAAAGGGUUUGCUUAUAUUGAGUUUGCAGACAAAGAGUCUGUUAGGACAGCCAUGGCAUUGGAUGAGUCUCUUUUCAGAGGAAGGCAGAUAAAGGUGGGUGCUAAGAGAACAAACAGACCCGGAAUCAGUACCACAGACCGCGGCUUUCCACGGGCUCGGUUCCGAUCAAGGGGGGGAGGCGGAGGAGGAGGAGGCGGAGGAAGCUUCUCAUCGCGUGCACGCUACUACAGCGGCUACACACCACCCAGAGGCAGAGGGCGGGCCUUCAGGGGCCGAGGGCGAACAACAUCGUGGUAUUCCCCUUACUAAACACCCCCUCCCUGUUCAACAUCCCCUUACUAUCAACCCUCUCCCCUUUUUUCCAUUUAGAAAAAAAAACAUUCACUCACACACACACACGCACGCACACAAUGAAAAAGUCACCCCCCCCCUUCCCCAACAAUAAAAGAAGAGAAUCCCAGAAGAGAGGAAAAAAAAAAAAAAAGACAAAAAAAACGACCUCUCCUGGACAGAGAGACUGACUGGCCGCAGUGUGCGAUUGUGUGUGAGCGUGCGUGUGCGGAGGUUGAUGCGGUCGCCCCCUGGUAAGGUAUCGGUUGGCCAUUUAAGGAAAGCAUAAAGUGGCUGAUUUCUUUUUUCUUUUUGUUAUGAGGGUUGGGAGGGGGGGGGGGGGGGGUGUAGGAGAGGUUGGUGGUAUCUCAGGCUGCAGAUGUGUCUCCUUUGGUCUGGCUGUGACUUCCUGCUUUUCACACCAUCCCCAACACAGCCCACCCACUCACCCUCCACCACCACCAAACAAGAAAAGAAAAAAAAGUGGGUGGGGGGGAGGGAGGGAAAUGGCAACAAAAGAAUACAUUGUUUUUGUUUUUAAUGUACCGUACAUAUGUGAAACUUUUCACUAGCCAGAGUAUAUGUUGUGUUUUUAAGUUUUGUGGUUUGGAGUAUAUCAUCACCUCCCUACCCCUCCCCCCCCCUCCCUCUCUCCCCCUUUGUGUUCGCCGUUCUCUGCCCCUCCUCCUCGCUGCAUUUUAUAACUCAUGCUUUCUCUCCCCCACCCCUCCAUGGCCAUCACACCAUGGAUUGUUGUUACCUGGACAGUGAUGGACCUUCAGUGUUCAGUGGGAUUGUACAUGCAUAGAUUUGUUAGUUUUUCUUUCUUUUUCUCCUCGUGGGGGCGGGGGGGGUCCUCCUGCUGCCACCAUCCUGCUGCUCUUUCAUACCCGUCAUCUCCAGCUCAGGCAUGGCCACAGCUCGUUUUAUUCUUUUGACAGACAUCAAUGUUUUUAUUUUUUGUGCAAACCUCCCCCCCCCCACACACCUGUUUUCCCCUCCCUCUGUGUUCCCUGUCUCCUGUCUCUCCUUCUUCCCCUCCCCCGUCCUCUCUCUGUAUAUUAGACCACUUCUUGUCGUUUCAGGUUUCAAGACCAGUGGAGGCUGACGACCCCUCCCCAGGUGGCACAGGCCCCCCCAACUGUCUCGGCAGCGUCUCUCUCUCUCUCUGCUCCCGCUAUGCACACUCACCCCAUCCUGUCCGUGUGGGGGGGUGGGGGAGGGGGGC